CUAGGAGUGGAAUGGGUGUACAGAUAAUUGGUAUAUCUUUGUCCACCUGCCUCUGGGGAGCCUGAUAGACAUGCCUCAUGUGGGGCCCCUACAAGCAGAACUGGAAACACUUGAUGCCCUUUUUGCUCAGAAGCUUUGCCCCAGGAAGUGCAAACUUCAGGUGCAGGAUUUACAGGAUACUGGCCAGAACUUCUGGAGCAUGUGGUCUGGAGCCAUCCUGCCUGCCCUGAGCCAUUGCUCCCAGCUCAGGUCCUUCAGCCUGUGUGGGAACCUCCUCUCCAUGGCUGUCAUGGAGAAGAUGCUGCUACAUACCACUGGGCUGCCCUGUUUAAGUCAAGAGUUUUAUCCUGUCCCUCAGGAUAAUGAUAGCCCUCAGGGUGUUCUGCUCAAAGGGAGACUUGCGCAGCUUGGGGCUGAGCUGUUUGAGAUUCUGAGAGACUUAUCACAGCCCAAGACCAUCUGCCUUAGCCUCAGCCCCUGUCCUCACUAUGAUGAUGACAUAUGCAAUCCCAUGGUGCCCAUUAUAUACUGCUGUAAUACUCAUGUCUAG